AUGCACGAGAUUGUCUGCCGGGACAUCCUAUAUGAAACGUGGAUGAACGGUCAGGGAAGCAAGGAGAGAGCUUCCCCAUCCUUACUACAUGAGCGGCAUGGAAACCUGGGAGAGGAAGAGUGUCAACGCGGCCAGCCGAGGGCCCCAGCGAGAGGCGAGGACGGAGCCGCGAAUGGAACGGACACUUUGGUUCCUCCGAUAACCAAACUAUGGGCCUGGAUACUCCGUCGACAUGUAGCCGUAUUUCCGGGGGAGGAUCUGAUAAUCGUUUUGCUAGUUUCCGGCAUACCCGUUGCGCGCUCUAAGGGCUCGCUGAGACGGGGAAUGCGCCAGAGCACUCCGUAUCCUGCUACCGUAAAGAGACUGUUGGUUGUUGCUGUUGACCAAAAAAGCCAAUACUCUCCAUCCAUGUAUUAA